CCUGAACGUAGAGUCGACGCCUGCCAGAUGCUGCAAUUAUGAUGAGCACCACAAGUUUCUGAUCGUCCUGCCACUCACUUGUCACUCACUCUCCCACCAACCUACCCAACUACCCACCACCCAGCACCUUCGACUCAUCAACCCUCCUCCUGCCCUCCUGUACUGGUACGCUUAUGCCUGUUGGCCUGUAAGGCCCCUCCAUCGCCCACUUCCCCGUCCACGGUUGCCACUUAAACCUGGGAGUUUUGGAAGCCCCCCCCCUUCCACAGCGAAUCAGCAUCCACUUAUUCCCCAUUUGACUCGUUUGAGUUCGAUCAACUGGACCGUGCCAAGGCAAUAGACCUCAAAGUCCAGCAUUGCGAGCUUUAUUGUCAGGCGCUCCCUAACAACCGUCCCCGCCCCACUAUGGCCCAGGUUAGGAUCGUCAUGGACAGUGCUCCCCUGUCUUUUUUGCUUUCCUUUGCCCCAGGGGAUGCCACAACAACUAAGGCAUACAGAACUUUAGCGUCGGAGAUUGAGCAUGGAUUUGUAAGAGAGAAACACGACAAAGGUACAGUGCCAUCUCCCCAUGUCACAACUGUCCUACUGCCACAACUCGCCUGUCGACGGCGCGCACGCUCGCCUAUUUCGAGCGAAUUCCAUAUGUGUCAACCCAACCUUAAAGUUCAAGUGACAUUACGUGCGACCGCCCUGUACCCUGCGUCCCACUAGCCCGAGUAAUACACAGUACAUACUGCUUGUACUUCUCCAGUCUCCUCUGGGCAGCGUUCGUCUGAACAAUCCCACCACCCAGGCAUCGGAUAUAUCUAGAGCUGGACCCAUCCUCCACAACCCACUCUCCUCUCUUUCUUUGGCAUCAACCUCUUGAGUUGUCUUACGAUCGUUUCUUAUCUUUGCCAUCAUGUCUGGGUCACCUUCCGUACCGGAUAUCCUCCGGGCUCUUCUCCUGGCCGCGCCCCUGGUCUCCGCUGCCUCCUGCCCGUUUGCAGCACAGCAACAGAAGAGGGACUCUGAGUACUCGUCUGAUUUCCUCAGCCGCCGCCAGGACGCUGGGACCACCUCGUUUGGCACUUGUGCUGAGAAGGCCAACGUCGCCGGCGGUGGUACGCGUAGCAGGGAUUGGUUCCCCUGCCAACUGCGACUUGACGUCCUCCGUCAGAACACCGCCGAGAUCAACCCAUACGGUGGCGACUUCGACUACGCCGCGGCGUUCAACUCCCUGGACCUCGAUGCUGUCAAGGCCGACCUCAAGGCCCUGCUGAGGGACUCACAGGCCUUCUGGCCUGCUGACUUUGGUCACUAUGGCGGUCUCUUCAUCCGUAUGGCAUGGCACAGCGCGGGCACAUACCGCUCCUUCGAUGGCCGUGGUGGUGCCGGCAUGGGCCAGCAGCGCUUCUCGCCGCUCAACAGCUGGCCCGACAACGCCAGUCUGGACAAGGCUCGGCGGUUGGUCUGGCCCAUCAAGCAGAAGUACGGCCGCAAGAUCUCCUGGGGCGACCUGAUCAUCCUCGCCGGCAACGUCGCCCUCGAGGACAUGGGCUUCCCGACCUUCGGCUACGCUGGUGGCCGUGUCGACACCUGGCAGGCCGACGAGUCCAUCUACUGGGGCUCCGAGGAGACCUUCGUCCCCCAGGGCAACGCGGACCGUUACAACGGCAGCACCGACUUCGCAGCCCGAGCCGCGAACCUCGAGAUUCCCCUGUCCGCCACUCACAUGGGUCUCAUCUAUGUGAACCCCGAGGGCCCUAACGCCAACUCUGACCCUGUCACCUCGGCCAUGGACAUCCGGACAACCUUUGGAAGAAUGGGCAUGAACGAUGAGGAGACGGUUGCUCUGAUUGCUGGCGGCCACGCUUUCGGCAAGACUCACGGAGCUUUCAACGGCUCCGGCAUUGGCGGCGCACCCGAGGCUGCUGACAUCGGCGAGCAGCAGUUUGGAUGGGCUGGCAGCUUCAAGGAGGGCACCGGCUCUUUCACCUCCGGCCUCGAGGUCACCUGGAGCAAGACGCCCACCAAGUGGUCCAACAACUUCCUCGAGUCCCUGUUCCACAACGAGUGGACCCUCGUCCAGAGCCCCGGCGGCGCCCACCAGUGGGAGGCCCUCAACGCCACCGCCAACUACCCUCUGCCCUUCGACAACAGCAGCUUCCAGAAGCCGCGGAUGUUGACCAGCGAUCUGGCUCUGCGCCACGACCCCAUCUACGCCAACAUCUCCCAGGCCUACCUUGCCAACUUCACCAAGCUCACUGACGACUUCUCCCGUGCCUGGUACAAGCUCACUCACCGUGACAUGGGUCCUCUGGCCCGCUACCUCGGCCCCGAGGUCGCCAAGGAGAAGCUCAUCUGGCAGGAUCCCCUCCCCGAGGCCACCGGACCCACGAUCGACUACUCCGAUGUCGCCACCCUGAAGCAGCAGAUCCUCGCCUCCGGCGUCAGCACAUCCGCCCUGAUCUCCACCGCCUGGGCCUCGGCCAGCACCUUCCGCCACACCGACAAGCGUGGUGGUGCCAACGGAGCCCGCAUCCGCCUCGAGCCCCAGGUCAGCUGGGCCGUCAACACCGGAGCCGGCACGGGCCUGUCCGACGUGAUCAAGGCCCUCGAGGGCAUCAAGUCCAAGUACUCCAAGCCCGUCUCCCUGGCUGACCUGAUCGUCCUGGGCGGCGCCGCCGCCGUCGAGAAGGCGGCCAAGGAUGCCGGCUUCGCCAACGCCUCCGUGCCCUUCACCCCAGGCCGUGUCGACGCCACGCAGGACCAGACCGACGUGUCCACCUUCGCCUACCUCGAGCCCAAGGCCGAUGGCUUCCGCAACUUCGGCCGUGGCAACGCCCGCGCCCGCACCGAGGAGAUCCUCGUCGACCGCGCCAACCUGCUGGGCCUGACCCCGCCCGAGCUCACCGUCCUCGUCGGUGGCCUCCGCGUGCUCAACACCAACGCCGACGGCUCCGCCAACGGUGUGCUGACCGCGACCCCCGGCAAGCUGACCAACGACUUCUUCGUCAACCUCCUCGACAUCUCGACCAAGUGGACCGACUCCGACAGCGGCGAGGUCUGGAAGGGCACCGACCGGGCGACCGGCGCUGACAAGUGGACCGCCACCCGUGCCGACCUUGUCUUUGGCUCCCAGUCCGAGCUGCGUGCCAUUGCUGAGGUCUACGCCAUGGCUGACUCGGGCGAGAAGUUUGUCACCGACUUCAUCGCCGCCUGGAACAAGAUCAUGGAUGCCGACAGGUUUGACGUCAAGAAGUGGUAAACUUGAGACGUCAUGGUCGUCGUUCUAAGUGAUUGAGUUCAGGAGUUAUCAUCAUAGAAAAAGAAAAGAAGAAAAAAAGAUACCUGUGUAUUAUGAGAUCAUUGCCCUGGAAUGGAACUGGGGCCUUCAUGAAGCGUUUUACUUUAUUCUUGUACAUAUUAUGAGCAUGAUUGUAUUUUAGUCAGAUACCUCGCAGCACGAUGAAUUCCGAACUCAGUUGAUAUCACUCAA